GGGGGAAAAAAAAAGGGGGGGAGGAAAGGAAAAAAAAAGGAAAAAACAACCCCGAAACUUCUAGGCAUAAGAGUGUUAGCCAGAUUAUGAUUUUUUUUUUUCCCCAGACUGAUGGGUGGUAUUUCUUUGUCCCACACAUUUAGGAGAUUUAGUUAUACAUUCUGAUACGUCGUCUGACUAGAAUAUAUGGCAAAUUUUAGUUUCUAGAGUCACAUUUGGCUGACUUUAAAAUAGCAGAAGGAUCCUAUUAUACUAUUCUUUGACCCUGUUAUAUUUACGUUACUGGACUCUUUGUGAUAGCCUCUAGCUGCUUUCUGUCUGUGUCCUCCUUGAGCAAAAUAUGCCCAACAGUAACUAGAAGCAGGGUGUAGUAUUAGAAAUCAAGUUCUCAUGUGAAAUAUGUAUUUCUGCGCAGCAUCAUGAAAGCAAAAGGUUUAUUUAAUACUUGUCAAUCCCUGAAGACAUAGUCCAGCAUUAACAAAUAAUAAUAAAUAAUAAUAAUACUCUAAUAAUGUGGCAAUCCUAGUGUGAAAACGCAUAUGACCCUUAGGUUUUCCUGAAGAUUUUCAGAAUUCUCCCCAUUAGUACAACCGGUGGUGGACAUUGCUGUUGCAUUUCCCAGUGAAACGUUUAAAAGACUGUAAAUGGUGUGUGCAUUACUACAUUGCAGAAGGAAGAGGUCAGGCUAAAUUGCACUGGUAUUUAAACAUAAUCAUACUAUGAAAAUAAAUCAAAACAUCACGUAAAAGGAGUAUUUUAAAUGUUACACACGUUUUCUUUCUGGAAUGACAUGGCUAAGCUGUACCCUGUGAGCAUAUAUAUUUUAACACACGUUUACAAAAAUAAAAGUGUAUGAUUUUCAACAAAUGGGAAUAGGUCUACAGUGAAGUAUUGCGAAUAUUAUUUUGCUCUUUCUUUCCUAAUGAGGUUUAUCCUUCGGCCAGACAGUUGUAAGACUGAAAUACUACUGGCUAUAGAGUGUAGAUUGCAGAUUGCAUGCUACUCAAUGUGAAAAGGAGCACAUUUGAUUGAUCGCCUCUGUGUGUGUGUGCGUCCAUACACACAACUCUCUGUAGUUGCAUGUGUAUGUGUUUGGCAAAACCGGGCAUCUCUGAGCAUCCUUAUCUUAAGAAAUGUGAGUCAAACAUCCAUUCCUUUAAUCAUGUUCAUCUUUGAUCACCAGCAAGGGUGACACAGUCCACAAAAUUAACAAAGAAUCUCCCUUGCUUUUGAGAGAUAGCUACAUGUACAUCUGGGUCUGCACACACAUGCACAUGGACACACGAACAUGCAGGCAUACAUCCCAGUAAGUAAAUUACGGCAUAACUUUUCAUGUAAUUGACACCAGACACCUUUAAUUUUUCAUUUUCAUUCUUUUGACCAGCAUUCACAUUAACAAUCUAAGCCGUAAAUGUUGGUGGCUAUUGAUUGCAAUCCCCUGUGUGCGUGCAAAUCCAUUUUCAAGUCCCCUGCCUUUAAUGUGCGUGUGCGUGUGCAAGGGGCCUCUGACGGCUGUUUGUCAGGAUCUCCCCCAGCCUGUUUGAAGACGACCCCGGAUACACAACAUGUGCUGAUGGCCAAGGGAAAGCACACACUCACACACAGACACACACACACAGACACACACACAGACAUGCACACAGACACACACAUGCACACACACAUGCACACAAAAAGAUCCAAACCAAAUGAUGGAGAAAUAAAGAAACAAAGCUCUCUUGUGUGAGAUGCAGAGAAAGAUAUGCAACCGAAAGUGUAAGUAUACGGUGGGGAUGUGUAGGUUGGGCUCCUGACAUUUCCCAAGACUUCUCCUGGGCUUCUCCCUGCCGACAUCUGGAGCUGCCUCGACCCCAGUGCUCAUGGCCGCACCUUUUGGGAACCCGAGAUUUGCCGAAAAGCCGUCACUAGUUUUAAACAUUUGGUAGUGCUGGAUUUUUUUUUAAAUAAAUAAAUAAAUAAAUAAAUAAAUGACAUUUUUAAAAUAGUUGCCGAAUCCCACUGCCAGGCUAUCACCGGCAGUGAGUGGGUGCGGGUAUGGGUGCCCGUGGCUCCCUGCGUGCAAACGCACGCGUGGAUUUACACGGGAAUCCUCCCCAGCUGAACUACCUGACAAAUAAAGGACUUUUCAGCCCAUCGGAGUUUUGGGUAAUGUCUUCUGAGCAGCUUUCUCGGAGUUUACUGUUCCUUUACUGUUGACUCCAUAGCCUUAACCUUAAAGCAGGGGGAGGAGAGCAGUAGGGAGGGGGUGGGGGUGUUCGCAGCAUAUAAGUACAUCAGGAGGAAUUUUUAAACGACCUUAUUGUCUCUAGCUCUAGAAAGACCGCGAUGAUUUCUUUUUAACGCCAGCAGCUGUUUUCUCUUGAAACUUUGCUUUUUUUGCCUCUCAUACGAGCGAGCAGGAGAAAGGCAAGGCUGGGGGAUCCAGAUGCGAGGAGAGGGAAGGAAGGAGAACUCCGCGGAUGGUCUGAGCUGUGCCGAGGCAUUGUUCACUGCUGCCUCUCGGUUACGUUUAAAGGCUGAAAUAUCACGAGAUCCACUCAAUGAUCCUUUUCUAAUUCGAAGGACAAAAUGUAAUUUGCUGUAGCUCUGCUUUCUCGGAUGGGAAUACUAUCCCCAGGUUUCAGAGGAAGAACUAGGCAUCGCGGUUCGCACACACAUGGAUUAAGUUGAACAGCGGCGAUUACAUCUGCGCGGAGAGCAACAGUAGUCCAGGGCUGACUUUUCAAAUCUCAGCUCUCGGAGUUAGAGGCUCCCUUGAAUAGACUUCCUCCAUUCCCGGAUGCACUUCUCCAAAUUCCCACUUCUCUCUCGAAUUCCUGUGAAAUUGGGGGCUUGCCUGCAUUUCGCCUUGGCAUGCAAAACGGCGUUUUCACAGAGUGAUUAUGCGCUUUCUUUUAGCUGUACCUGACGGGGUAACACGAACUCCACGCACCAUAUUGCCAACACGCGGAGUGGAUAUUGACGUUUGGGAUUGAAGAUUUUUUUUUUUUUUUCCCUCUACCGAUUUUUUUGCCAAGUCACAGCAGUAUGAGAUGUCUCAUUAAUCUCGCGGAUGUGUCUAAUUCUGGAUGUGCAGUGAUACAUAAAAGUGCUGGUGUUUGUAUCCAGCGGAACACUGGAUGCACGGCAGAGAUUGGUGAUUUUUUUUUUCGCAGCGCCUAACGUGCAAACCGCAAGCAUCACUUUAACGUGACAAGGGAGAGGCAUGCAGCUAUCGCAACAUUUGUGAAAUCCUCGUUCUUGACACUCGAAUAAUUUAACGUUCCUAAGAAGAGGUUAAACCUUCAUGCUGCUUCUUCAAAUUGAUUUUAAGGGACUGCUAUAAAUGGAGCAUCAAAAAGCUUCGGCAGGGCUACUCCGAGCGCAAUAUGCAAACUGCGAGCCAGAAGCAUCCUAGCCCGAUGCAAUAUCGUACAUUGUGUAUUCCAGCACUUUUUUGUUAUUACGUAAAGGCUCCUGGAAGCACCUUGGAUAUUUUACAUUCUCCUCUCUCUCUCUGCUGGAAGCAAUCAGCACACAGGAAUCCUGACGUGGGCUCUGGGACUAUAGGACAUUCCAGCUCGUGAUCCAGCACGGUUAAUCGCGAAAAGUGUAUACAUUUCUGGCUUAUCUAUGCUUUGUUAUGGGUCUGACGUGAGCUCACGUCCUCCUCCCCCCUCCUGCAAUAUUACAGGCAGAAUUUCAGUUAAAAGUGUUAUAGUAUCACGGUGCGGGAACCCGUGAUAUUCAGACAGCAAAAAUAACCUUAGUACCCGGCUAUAAAAAGCUAAUUAAGCAGAAGAGGAAAAUCAAGAGAAACUCGAAAAUGUAAGUACUCCCUCUCGUUAACAACCGAACAUUUAACUUUGGAGCCUCAGAAGGGGAAAUACCAGGCUGUUCUGCACGUUUUCGCUAAGCUUCAUUUUCCACACAAUGCAGAAUAAAACGCUGUUUUAAAGCGGCUACAUUACCGAAGGAUUUUCCAUCGCUACGAUCAGACUUAUGUCCUUUAAAUUCACGGCAUGCACAAAAGAGCAACGUUUGUCCAAAACAGGCUGAAAAUAUACGAAACGAUAGGGGGAAAAGGCAUACAAAUCCUUCCUCCGAAGCUAGCGACGAGGAAGUCUGAGAGGGCUGAGUGUGUUUGAGCUUGGAUUGUUUAAUAGAAAGAUUUAUAUACUAACUGUAUUAUUUACUUUGGGAGGGGAGGUGGCAGUAUAAGGGUAUGCUAAUUAGUGGGAGAUUUUUUGGGGGAAGGGGUGGAAUAUCAAUUUUUAUUGCAUCACCUGUCAGGAGUGUCCAAUCAGCGUUGGCUUUAGGGGAAUUAAUUGAUGAAGGUGUCUCCGGACGAGCUCACUUCACUCUGUCAUUUUAUUUGUAGCUAAAGCAGCGGCGGGAAUAGCAGCUGCAUUUCUUUUCUCUUCCUCCCUUCACAUUCCAUUAUCAUAGUUUCCAAUGGAAAAGCAGGGAAUGAAAGGGAACAGGUACUGAUCUUCAACAGCAACUUAGAGAAACACUUUGGCAAACCUGAUUUUUAAGAUUAUAUAUUGAUUGUAGUCUCACGGUAUUUUUUAAUUUAUUUUUUAAAAUUUUGUCUAAAGUUUGGCACUUCAUUCACCAGGAAUAACAGCCUUUGUUAUAUUUUAUUAGCAGGAUGCCUUGAGACAAAUACAGCAUCUGGCUGAGGAUUGUGUGUGUGUGGCUUUUUCUUUUUUUUUUCUUUUUUCUUUUUUUUUUUUUUUCAUCAUCUCUCCCUCUCUCUGCAAAUGCUGGGAAUAAUUUAAUUCACGAAAUGGGAGACCUGAAGUCGGGUUUUGAAGAGGUGGAUGGCGUGAGGCUCGGCUACCUCAUCAUUAAAGGAAAGCAAAUGUUUGCACUCUCCCAGGUUUUUACAGACCUGCUCAAAAACAUCCCGCGAACUACCGUGCACAAGCGAAUGGAUCAUUUAAAAGUAAAAAAACAUCACUGCGACUUGGAGGAGUUGAGGAAACUCAAAGCCAUCAACUCCAUCGCUUUCCACGCCGCCAAAUGCACCCUGAUCUCCAGAGAGGACGUGGAAGCCCUAUACACAUCCUGCAAAACCGAACGGGUUCUUAAAACGAAACGGAGGAAACUAAGCCGGGCGCUGUCUGCCACCGAUCUCCGGCCGGAGCUCGCUCCCGCCGACCCCUUCUCCGGCUUCUGGAAGGAGAACAAACUUUGGCUGGGUCUGAGCGACUCUCCUCGGCCGCUGCUGCCUGUCCGGAGGAAAGCUCUGCGCCCGGGGGACACAGCCUUGCUACCGGCCGCUCAUCUACCUCACAUUUUUAGUAAAUACACUGGCCACAGCUACCCAGAAAUCGCUCGGGCGCCUUGCAAAUCCCCCGUAAACUAUGAAACGGCGCCGGCGGUGGGCGGCUGCGUGCCCCUGCGCUCCCGCCGCCCGCUCGCCGCCGCGGCUCGGCCCCGGCUCCCGACCGCCGGUCCCCCGCCCCUGCCCGCCCGCUGCCGCCGCCGCCGCCACGGGGCGGCCUCCGCCGCCGUCACGCUGGGCCCCCCCGGCGGCGCCCGCCGGCCCCUGGCCCUGCCCCGGCCCUGCCGGCCCCGCGGCGCCCCGCGGCUGCCGCUGCCUCUGCCCCGCGGCUUCGGGCCGCCCGCCUUCCCCGAGAGCGGCAGCAGCGACUCCGAGUCCAGCUGCUGCUCGGGCCGCGCCGCCCACGACUCGGACUGCGGCUCCAGCCUCUCCAGCUCCAGCGAGGGCAGCUCGGAGGAGGAGGACGAGGAGGAGGAGGACGAGGAGGGCAGCGGCGCCUCGGACUCCAGCGAGGGCAGCUCGGAGGAGGAGGAGGAGGAGGAGGAGGAAGAGGAGGAGGAAGAGGAGGAGGAGGAGGACAGCACCUCGGACUCCGACUCCAGCUCGGUCUCCAGCCAGGUUUCGGUGCAGAGCAUCCGCUUCAGGCGCACCAGCUUUUGCAGCCCGCCCGGCGUGGUCCACGCCAACUUCUUGUACCAUCUGGCGGCCGCCGCCGCCUCCCGGCCCCCGGCCCCGGCGGAGCCCGGCGGGCUGCCCGCCCUCCGCGGCGCUCCCGGCGGAGUCAAACCGGAGCUGCCGGAGGAGUGGGGCUGCCCCGGCUGGGCUCCCGCCGCCCCGGCGCUGCGCUGCUCCGGCGGCCUGGGGAGCUGCUUCGCGGAGAUAAGAGAUGAUAGGGUAUCCGAACUCACAUUCCCACACUCUGAAUUUUCCAAUAAUGCCAAGAGUACUGACCUAACAAUUAACUGUGUUGCAAAGGGGGCCUCUUCACCUAGCCCAAAGACAAACAAUGCAUUUCCACAACAAAGAAUACUCAGAGAGGCAAGGAAAUGCCUUCAAGCAACUACUACACACCGUGCAGAUAACAAUACAAUAGCUGCUAGGUUCUUAAAUAAUGAUUCUUCAUCAGCGGCAGCAAAUUCAGAGAAAGAUUCCAAAAUCCCUCAUUGUAUUGAAUUUGCCACGGAUUUGCCCUCUUUACAAACUGAUCCUGCGGAGGAUGCUGCUUCUCCAGGGGCAGCAGCAGCAGCUGAGCUCCAGUGCACUGAUACAGGCAAUAAGGCAUUGCCAUUCCUGCACAGCAUUAAAAUCAAAAUAGAGGACAGCAGUGCGAACGACGAGUAUGAGCCUGAUCUUACAACACAUAAGCUAAAGUGUGAGUGCAAUGAUACUAAGGAUGAGUUUUACGGUGUGACUGAGAGUAAUAACCAGGACGCUUUAUUAACAGCCAAGGAAGAUUCUGCAUGCACUGAGAAAGAAACCACUUCCUUAAACCCACUGACUCAGAGUCAGGUCCUCUCAUGCACUUUAGGUACUCCAAAACCUGAGGAUGGGGAGUAUAAAUUUGGAGCAAGGGUGAGAAAAAAUUACAGGACCCUGGUUUUGGGAAAACGACCUGUACUGCAGACUCCUCCAGUCAAACCAAAUUUGAAAUCAGCUCGAAGCCCACGUCCUACAGGUAAAAUCGAGACACAUGAAGGAACACUGGAUGAUUUUACAGUUAACAAUAGACGCAAAAGGGUAGCCAGCAAUGUAGCAUCAGCAGUGAAAAGGCCAUUUAAUUUCAUGGCAAAUUUUCCCUGUCCACCAUCACUAAUUAUUGGCAAUGAUGGGGAUUUGUUGCCAGCUUAUUCCUUAAACACCACUAAGGAUUCCCAACCACCUCACAAGGCCCAUCCUGUAUGGAAAUGGCAGCUGGGCGGUUCUGCAAUACCUCUUCCACCUAGCCACAAAUUCAGGAAAUUUAAUUAAUAAAGUAGUUUGGAAAAUAUUUUCUUGAACCACCUUUAACUUUCUUACCUUUUUUUUUUUUU